AUGCCCGUUCUGGCCAAUGCGAGGAGAAGUAAGGACAGAUCGACAAGACAUGUCCGGCCAGACAACAUGGUUGUCCUCGAGAAGGACGAGACCGUGUCAAGGGAGGAGCCGAUCUGCAAGCCUCUGACAGCGUCAGCCAUUAUUGCUGUUCGUUCACUACGAUUUCCGACUGACACUCUCGUGGAAAACUGCAAAAGCCCCGGCAUCCUCGCGACGUCGGAUAUACAUCGUCAUAUCUUCCUUGGGUCAGCUGCUGUAUUCUGGGUCUUAUGUCUCUCGCUAUCAACGCGGCGGCUCGUCCAUCGUUUCUUCAUCUGGGUCAAUCGUCGUCUCCUGGGUCUUACGGUUCCUCGCUACAGCGGCCGGUCCGCUCUGCUUUCGCAAGCUAUUCGGUUCCUCUGUCUCACGGCUCUCUUAUCCUUAUUUAUUGGUGGUGAUCUGGGAGGAUACGCUGGUCGUCCAUUCUCGCAGUCAUCACGUCGAGGACCUCCUCGGCUUCCAUCGGCUCGCCUAGGAGGGCGAAGAAGGGAUGAGGUUGGGGAGAGUGGUCAAAGACUUGGAGAAGAACUCCAAGCAUCACGGGAAGCUAAGGAAGGGAAGGAUGUGUCAUGGAGUUUGGCGUUGGCCUUUGACGUCGGAAAGAGUGAAGGUUUGGAGAGCGUGGUUGAGGGUUCAAGCUGGUACUUGACACGUGGCUUAAUUCAUGGCGCAGGACGACGUUGCGUACUCGAAGUUCAAGCUCAAGCACCAGCCUCCCAGCAAGAGCACAAAAUGCUGACUAGCCAGACGAGAAAGAAUCAUGUCGCAAGCAGGCGAAUAAGAUAA